AUGAAGAUUACAUCUAUUUUGAUAGCCUUUAGUGCUAUAUUACUUCCAAUUUUAGCUCAACCAUUGGAUAAACGUACUGAUAAAGACAGACAAGUUGAGUUCACCAAUGAUUCCAAUGAUGUGAAAACUGUAUUUGGUAAACCAUAUGCCAUAUACCAACCAAAGGUUGUUGUUGUAUCAAUGUUUAUGUUGGAAAGAGAUCCAUGGUUGAAAGAUAUGGAUUUUGUCCAUAAUGUUAGUAUUCCCGGAUUAGCACCAUUAUACCCACAAGUUCAUUUCACUACUGACUAUUCGAUUAUGCAAUUUACCACUGGAGAAGGAGAAAUUAAUGCAGCAGCCUCAGUUUCUUCAUUAUUAUUAAAUCCAUUAUUUGAUUUCUCCAAGACUUAUUUCUUAAUUGCUGGUAUUGGUGGUGGUGAAAGUAGUUUAACCACCAUUGGUAGUGCAACUUUUGCUAAGUAUUCAGUUCAAAUUGGAUUACAAUAUCAAGUUGGAUACAAUGAGUAUAUAAAAACUAAUCCAAAUUGGACUUCAGGAUAUUUUGGAUAUGGUGUUGAUAAUCCAUGGACUUAUCCCUCAAAUGUUUAUGGUACCGAAGUUUAUGAAUUGAAUGAAAAUUUAAGAGAUCGUGCUAUCCAAUUAGCUAGAACUGGUGAAUUAAAUAAUGGUACUGAAAGAAAUGUUGAGUUUAGGACUUUAUAUGAAGAAGAUGCUGCUAAAUCUUCACCAUCGAUUGUUGCUUGUGAUGUUUAUACUAGUGAUAAUUAUUAUUUUGGUAAUGAAUUAUCUGAUUAUUUCAAAUCAUAUGGUGAAAUGAUGACUAAUAGUACUGAUUCUAAGAAAUUUCAAUAUUGUUCAAGUGCUCAAGAAGAUAAUGCCUCAUUAGAAGCAUUUUUAAGAAUGGAUUUACAUGGAUUAGUUGAUUUUUCAAGAAUUGUUGUUAUGAGGACUAUUUCUAAUUUCAUUACACCACCACCACUUUAUGCCAAUGAUACUGUUGGUUAUUUUAAUGAUGUUGAUAAAGGUGGUAUUCAAGCAUCAUUAGAUAAUUUGGUUAACGCUGGUAAACCAUUUGUUGAAGAUAUUAUUAAAAAUUGGGAUGACGUAUAUUCCCAUGGUAUUAAACCAGAUAAUUAUAUUGGUAAUAUUUUACGAACUUUAGGAGGUGAAGCUGAUUUCGGUAAAGAAUCUUUUGAAGAAGCUUAA